GUUUAUGUUUGAUUAUUUGCCGACAGUUAAAGAUAAAGAUGUUUAAUUUUUAUUAUCUGUUCUAUGUUAAAUAACAUAUAAGUGUUCUUGUUUUAUUACUAUAAUAAUCACAUUAAUAUAAUAAUAAUCACACAUUAUUGAUGUUGCUGCAGAGAGAGCGACUUGUUGAUUCCUUUAGUGAAGUGCAUAAGAGAUAUAGGAUUUUAUUGAUUAUGAUAUUAACAAUACUAUUGUUUUUAGUUUCUUGUUAUGAAGUCGUACUUCCGAAAACUCCUGAAGAUUCCAUUCAAAUGUAUAUCCAAAAUAAUAAACCAGCAACAUUUAAAACCAGUCCAUAUUUUCUAAGUAUAGCUUUAGAUGAUGUUGUAAUAGCAAGGGGAUUUAAAGACUUUGAUAUGAACAAUGAAAAACUUAUAGCGAUGAUAAGAUACCUAUCCCCAGGAUACUUAAGAAUUGGAGGAAAUUUAGCAGAUAAGUUAAUAUUCUCUUUAAAAAAUAAGACAGAUUUAAAUAUUGAAAAUGUAGAUCAAUUAUAUGAUAGCAGCAAUAACUUUGGAAAUAUGGACUAUGCUGCACUUCCUGAUGUUAUUUUAUUUGCAUCUGAUUGGUUAAAACUUAACAAUUUAUCAAGCAACACAUAUAUGCAGAUAUUUUUUGGACUUAAUGCUUUACAGAGGUUUAAAAAUGGAGCAUGGGAUUAUAGAAAUGCUGAAGAAAUGAUAAAAUUUUCAGACGAAAAUGGAUUAAUUGUGAAUUGGGAAUUAGGAAAUGAACCAAAUUCAUUCAGACAUAAGUUUAACAAAGAGGUUAAUGCCAGUCAAAUGGCUAAAGAUUUUAAACAGUUAAGAAGCAUAUUAAAUAAAUAUAAUAAUUUCAAUAAAUCCCUCCUAGUAGGACCAGAUGUUACAAGACCAGUAGAGAACCAUAAAGAAAGUCAAAUAUUUUUAAAAGAAUUUGUUACAUCUGCCAAGAAUGUUAUAGAUAAGAUAACUUGGCAUCAGUAUUAUUUAAAUGGGCGAACAGCAAAACCACAAGAUUUCUUAGAUCCCACAGUUUUUGAUUUAUUAAAAUAUCAAAUAACUAGAGUAAAGGAACUAACAAACUCAAGUGGAAGGUCAAUAUGGCUAGGAGAAACUUCUUCAGCCUAUGGGGGUGGGGCUCCUAAUAUGUCUGAUAGAUUUAUAGGUUCAUUUAUGUGGUUGGACAAACUUGGACUUGCAGCCAAAAUGGGUGUAGAAGUAGUAAUGAGACAAUCAAUAUUUCAUGGAAAUUAUUCUCUUUUAGAUGAAAACUAUGAUCCAAAUCCAGAUUGGUGGAUUAGUUUGAUGUACAAAAGAUUAGUUGGAAGAACUGUUGUACCACAUCAAAGCCAAACAAACAAGUUAGUCCGAUUAUAUGUACAUUGUCUACAAGAGGAAAUGUUACCAUCUGUAGUAAUAUUUGGAGUUAAUCUAGGCAGCAAAACAACUAAAAUUGUAAUUGAAGGACUGGAACCAGAUAAUAUGCCGUUGUAUCUGAUGGCAUUUGAAUUUCAGUCAAAAGAUUGGUUUUCCAAAGACAUUUAUUUAAAUGGAGUUCUAUUGAAGUUAUUGCCAGGAAAUAAAAUACCUAACAUUCCGCCACGAAGAAAAUCUCUGACACCUUAUGUAGAAAUGCCUCAAUAUUCACUUGUGUUUUGGGUAAGCACUAGAAUAAAAAUUGUAGCAUGUUCAAACUGAAAUUAAUAUUUUAUAUAUUCUAAUAUUUUAUAAAUAUUCAAUAUUUGUGAUAACACGAGGAAUGGCCUGUGUACAGAAAUAUGUUAAAUUGAACACUAUAAGGAUGUGU